GCAUGUGGAAUGGCCAAGAAACUUGAAAACUUAAUUCAUAAAUGAUAUGCAGACAAACCAGCCUGUACUGUCUUUACAAGAAUUUAUAACUGAAGUAGCUCUGCAUUUUUGUUAAAAAACAUUUGUUUGACAUUUGACUAUACAGUCAACUGUAUAGCCAAAAAACAGCACAAGACCAAACUUACUUCAUAUGAUUGUAUUUUUAUUGUUAAAACACUAAAGGUAAAACAGCAAAAGAAAAUUGGAUACAAAUAUUAUUCCUAAUGAAUUCUAUAGAUUGCUGCACACUAAUGUAGUGCAUUAUAAGUUAUUCCUGAUGUUUAUUAUACCUUAAUAAUUUUUCAGCCUUUGCAUGUCGAGUCUAUAGCUGCAACUAGUUCAUUUCACAUCUACUUCAUCUGCGUAUUUUGUUUUUUAAUCAUUAAUUUGUCUUAUUGACUCUAAAAUGUUAGAAAAAUGAUAGGAAUCAAGAUAUUUUCAAAUUCCUUCAAAACCCAUAGGCUGUAUCUGUUAGAUGUACAUAGCCACCAUGAAGCCACUGAUUUGCUUGUGCACUACCAUUCUGAAGCCUUAAAUUUAGUCAGCAUUUUUUUCUCUUUUGAAACCAGAUGAAACAAGAGGUUUCAUCUGAAUGAGAACGUGACACUAUACUCAAUGAUACGGGAGCAACCUGUCAUUCACAAGGUAGCCCCGUCUUAAAGCAUACCCCGCUUUAUCGUCUGUUUUACUUUUAAUGGAACCGUAAUUUACUACAUUGACUUCAUGCCAUAUUGAAGGAGAUGUGACAUUAGCAAUGUAGACUGUAAAGUCAUUUGUAAAAUGUUUCCUGAGCUACCAAAUCAAGUGAGAAGAAGGCUACUUUUCCCAUAGAUGUCUAUACAAUUUUACUACUUUUUGCAACCACAUUAGUCGCCCCCUGCUGGCUGUUCGAAAGAAAGCAAGUUCAAAGCAUCUUUUUUAAACCUUGAUGCCACAUCCAUCUUUUUCUAUCUACAUUUUAUGUGAAACCCCACAGAUAUCCUGUUUCUAAUGAAAACGUGUCUCACGUUUGAAACAUUUAAACCAGUGACUGUUUAGUGAUUUAGCUUUAUAGGUGACUCAAAGGGUUCAGUUUUCGACAGACUGGUUAAUUGACUAAACAUUUCCUAUACUGUAGGUACUAAAGUAGGGAUUUUAUCUAAAUCACAGUGGAAAAAUCCAGAUCCUCACAGUUCAUGCUGCAGGUGAGACUUACAAUGGAGACACCAGUGAGCAGAUCCGAACAUCUCCGGAUGCGCAUGUGCGAAUGAAACACAAACACACCCACGCGGAUCAUGUGCAGUACACUCGUCACAGUGAGGUAUAGCUGAACAGGUUCACCACACACAGUGAGAUGCAGCACACAUCUGGAGAGGAAUAAAUUCUGAAAAGGCGUGUUGCAGUGUAACCAGUACAUGUGUAGGCACAGGACAGCGGAGUGACACGGAUCCUUGAUCAACACUGCCCUCAGGUGGAUAGUUUCAUCUAUAGCCAUUAGUAGAUCAUUUAAAACAAUAACACUAUACAACUAACUACCAUACACUGCGUCUGUCUGAUACUGUACAUCGCUUGUAUAGUUACAUCAGAAUUAUUUGUGAAGUCUUAAGCAAAGCAAAUCUGUAGUUUCUAUAGAAUUCUGAUCAGUUUAGAAACAUUCGAAUUGUAGCUUUUUUCAUCUGCAUCUCUAAAUUAUGUGUAUGAAUAUGGCCCAGAAGUGUUUGAUUACUCAGUGACAGUCGCAGGUUUACAAAUACUGUGUUUAAAAAGCAUAUGUGUUAUAUUUUGCUUGCAACUUCAUGCUUGUAUAGUUUUAGCAGUCAAAAAUCACAGCAUAAUUUCAUAAAUAUUAACGAAAAUGUAGAAUAUUUGAACACUGGGUGAUAUGCUGUAUCUUUACCAUAUUUAUUAAGAUGUUAAUUUGAUGUUAAAAGUUUAAAAGUGAAUGAUAAGCAUUUUACAGGUAUUUUUUCCCAGUUGCAUUUCUGUUGAAAAGUUUAAAAAUGUACAGAUUAAGGUUCCAAAAUCAUUAACCACAAGACCAGGAUUCUGAAACUCAAGGAGUUAAAUGUCAUUCAGCCACCAUUCAUUUUAUUAGUGACACCUGUGAUUUUUCUGCUUACUCUGUUCAGCACACACAUGAAAACACCAGCUAUUUGUGGAAAAAGGGCCACUGUAACUCUUCUAUUGCCUGCAGGGGGUAGUAAGGCGUAUGAAAGGAAGCAGUGGAGCAACUAUUACUUUUUUGACUGUAGGUGGAGACACAGAUGCUUCUAAUUUAGGACUGCUAAUAUUUUACUUGAAGUUGAGACAUUUGGCCAAAUAUGCAACAGGUUUUAUAAUGACUGAACACCUCUCUUGCUAUAAGACCUGCAGUCAGCUAAAUAUGAAUGUGUGAGGUCAAAAGCAACUUAGCCAACACUGUGGUGUCAAAAAAUAAAUACUUUUUUUUUUUGCUAAUGUAAAUCUCCUUACUGCAUGUACCUGACACUAGGCCUUGUCACAAACACAAAAUCUCCACUAAGCUAAUUAAAAGGAACCCAGCUGACAAUAAAAAAGCUUUCUAGUUAAUAAAGCUUUUUUUUAACAUAUUGCCAAUAAUAAAAUAAUUCUGUAACCCAACAGGAAUACAAUAAGAAUGUAAUUGUAAUGCUUUGAACCACAGAAGGGCUAUGUUUUCUAAAAAUCUUCUCACUGUCCGUCUUCAGGAUGCCAAUCACCACUUCAGGACACAAUAAUGAGCCUAAUCUGACUUUACAUGAGACUGUCUAUGCAUCUGAAUACAACUGUACUGUAUAAACAGAGGAUGAAUAACCCAUAAUUUUCCAUUGCUUUGAAAUUGAGUCUAUGUGUUUUUUUUUUUUUUUAAAUCUCCACUAGAUGGGGCGCAUUGUCGGUUUGACUCCAUCACUUGGUCCUCUGCGCUCCAAGGCUCAGUUUCACUAAAACUAGGUGAUGUACAGUCACACGGCUGUCAAAACAUGCAGGCACUGGUGACUCUGCUAUGAGUUAAAUCCAAACAGAGCUUUGAACACCAGCUUCAUGUAGGCAUAUCCCAUUUUUUUCAUACCAGCAGACAGUGGAGCCACUGGAGACACAGGGUUGCUUUUAUUUAAGGUCUUAACGCAAAGGAGCAACCAGGUUAUUUGUAACAUUCAAACUGAAUAUGAAUUUAUGAGAGCAAACAUCCAGCUGUCCGAGCUUGCUGACGCUGUCGAUACCCAUCAGAAUGCAGCUACUUUUCCUCACCGCUCUGUUUCUCUUUACGCACGACCUGGACUCCGUGCGCUCGGACAAGUGCGCCUCCCGAUGCGACGUGGGCUCGUGUCCGAGUCCCAGCUGCCCCGGGGGGUACGUCCCGGACAGAUGCAACUGCUGCUUGGUGUGCUCGCCCCGCGAAGGCGACCCCUGCGGCCGCAAGAACGACCUGCCCUGCGGCGAUGGACUGGAGUGCAGGACGCUCACCGCGGGGAGGCGACGGGGCUCCAAAGGGGUCUGCCGGUGUAAGAUGGAGAUGGAAGUGUGCGGAAGCGACGGGAAAACGUAUGGAAAUGUGUGUAAGAUGAGAGCAGCCAGUCAUAAAGCUAUACACAAGGGCAGACCCGCAGUGAGCCAAGCGCACCAAGGACCGUGUUCGCCUUCAGGCGCAGGUCUUUCCCUGGUCCGUACCAGCAGCCCUCGCUACAAGUUCAACUUCAUCGCUGAUGUCGUGGAGAAAAUAGCACCUGCUGUCGUCCACAUCGAGCUGUUUGUGAGACAUCCUCUGUUUGGUCGCCAUGUGCGCCUGUCCAGCGGCUCCGGCUUCAUCGUGACCCACUCAGGUGUGAUUGUGACCAACGCUCACGUGGUGACCACAACUUCCACAGUGACGGGGAGGCCUCAGCUGCGUGUUCAGCUCCACGACGGCGACGCAUACGAAGCUGUGGUCAGAGAUUUAGACAAGAAGGCGGACAUCGCCACCAUCAAGGUCAAUCCACAGAAGAAGCUCCAUGUGCUGUCUCUGGGUCGCUCGGCUGGUCUGAGGCCAGGGGAGUUCGUGGUCGCCAUCGGCAGCCCCUUCGCCCUGCAGAACACCGUCACCACCGGCAUUGUCAGCACGACACAGAGAGACGGCAAAGAGCUGGGCAUCAAGGACUCAGACAUGGACUACAUCCAGACUGAUGCUAUCAUCAAUUACGGCAAUUCAGGAGGGCCUCUUGUAAACCUGGAUGGGGAGGUGAUAGGUAUCAACACUCUUAAAGUGACAGCAGGGAUCUCCUUCGCUAUACCCUCCGACAGGAUCCGCCGCUUCCUCACAGAGUCAAAGACCAAACUCAGCAAAGAAAAGGUAAGACUACAGAGAAGACUUACAGAGGAGCCUCAGUCUGAUGCAGACGUGUCAGAAGUGAAGAGAUAUUUUUUAGGCAUCAGGAUGAUCACAAUCACCAAAGCUCUAGUAGCGGGACUGAAACAUCAGAACCCAGACUUUCCUGACGUCAGCAGUGGGGUUUUGGUGCAGGAGGUCAUACCUAACACUCCAGCAGAAAAUGGAGGGAUUAAGGAAGGUGAUGUUAUAGUGAAGCUGAAUGCACAGCCGGUUAACACCACUGAUGACAUCCGUGUGGUGCUGCAGACCAACCAGCCACUUCUGCUCGAGAUUCGCAGAGGGAACGAUGACAUGCUAUUCAACAUCCAGCCUCAGCUUUUAGCGCAUUAAAGAACAGGACAGAUUGUUUUAGUGUGAGCAAAACUUGGACAGGAUUCAAUAGAGGCCAUAAAAUACAGUAUGUACUGCAAGGAAUUAUGAACAAGCUACAUGUGGAAAUUAGAACUGAUGUGGAAUAAUUUCAGUUCAGAUUUUUGAUAAACCAUGAAAAACGUGUUUCCUUAAAACUUGUUAACUUGUACCAGUCCGAUUUUUCUGAAGUUUAGAUUUGUAUAACAUUUUUUUCUAGCAUAUAGUCUUUUUUUGAGAAAUACAGUUGUUUAUUACGAUACUCAAAAUAUUUCUGAGUAGAAUCUACUGCACUGACAUUGAAAAAGGUUCAGAAUAAAAGCUUCCAAAGAAGGA